UAUUGAUACAUAAUUAUGGUAAGCAUGGAAGCGAAUGCUUCUGCCGACGAGUACGAACAUAUUGUAGCGGAUGUUAUGUACAUAAUAAAUAAUAUACCAGGGCCUGGGAUAGAUAUAACAGACUUUGAAGCAGAAUAUGCUGUAGGCUGUUCGUGUAUAGCUGAAUGUUUUAAUUGUUCGUGUACACGCGGUUCUGCUAAUUAUUCUAAUGCUCGAAUUGUCGAUGAGAAAUUAACUGGUCCGGUAUUUGAAUGCCAUGCUCGUUGUAAAUGUAGACCAGAUUGUGGAAAUAGAUUAGUACAGAAUGGUCCAUUAAAUUGUUUAAUUGUCAGAGAAGUUGCCAAUAAAGGUCUCGGUCUUUUCACGAAUAAGUUAAUAAAAAAGGGUCAAUUUAUUUGCGAAUACGCUGGCGAAGUGAUAAGUCUGCAGGAAGCGCGAUGCAGAAUCGAGGCUAAUAAGCAGGAUAACGUGAUGAAUUACGUUCUUGUAGUAUCAGAACAUGCUGGAGAUCGUGUUAUUGUAACUUGUAUAGAUCCGAAAUAUUUUGGUAAUAUUGGACGCUAUGCUAAUCAUAGCUGUGACCCGAAUUCUAUCCUUAUUCCAAUUAGAGUAGAGGGAAUCGUGCCUCGAUUAUGCUUGUUUGCAUCGAGAGAUAUAGAGAACGGAGAGGAAGUGACUUUUGACUAUGCUGGUGAUGCAAUGGCUAAUUCCGUCCAUUAUCUCAGUGAUACUUCUUGUCUUUGUGGUUCUAGCAAUUGUCAUCGUUAUUUACCACAUAAUCAGAUUUAACAACAUGAGAUAUUCUUGUGCGAUAGAUUGUAAUAAUACAAAGGUUAUAGAUUUGAUUACAGAUUUAAAGUCAACAAGGAUUUGGUGUAAACUAUAAAUUGAUUAUAAGCCAGAAAAAAUUAUAUAACAAGAUAAAACUAUAUGUUUUGAAAUUGAUAUCACAUAAAAUCAAGGAGAAUAUCAUAAUCAAAAUUAUAAACAAGUAUAGUUUUAUGACACAUAUAUAGAUAUGUGACUGAUAUUGAAUUUAAAUUUUUAGAGAAAUAUGUUAUACAGGAUGGCCCAUGUAAAGCCCAAGGAGAGCAUAAGAUGGUACCAUUUGUUCGAUCUUGGGUAGCGUUGUUAAAGUGAGAGUAAGGCUACUUUAAAUUUUUUAAAUGGAACCCCCAUUUUUUAUUACAUUUUCUUGUAGCUUACCUCAA